AUGGGCAGUCGGCGCAACGAGCCUGCAGGCGUUGCGUCGCACACGAAUGGGCACCGCAGUAGCCUGCGGCGCAGCCGCAUGCACGACUCGAUCGAGAAACCGCCGCUCUUCUUCGCCUGGCAAACGCCAGCUCCGUCCAGGGCCCCGCCAACGACGCCAGCCGCUGACGUUAAAGGGCCACGACUUGCCGCGGCGUCAUUGCCAACGACAGCUGCGCCGCCAAGCACCUCGUGUCAACCCGUGGUAUCGAGUCCACGCAGCGUGCCUCAAGCGACCCUGGUCAUGCCGUCACCGCAGCCCAUGCUGCAGCCGGCAGUCGUUCUCUCGACCCAGUCGAUGGUGCCCACCUACAUGCAGCCGCCUGCCCAAAUCAUGUACCCGUGCAUGUAUUACCCGAUGGCGACACCAGUGCAGCAGGCGUGUGCCUACCAGUUUCCUCCGGUUGCCCCCUUACCGGUGGCACCGCCACGAGAAAAGCCUCGUGAGAAAGUGGUGUACCCGCCGGGGAUGCCGCCGUGGAGCGCCGUGUCAUCGCCGCCCGAGCUGCUGCUACCGGGCAAGAGUACAUCCGAAGCGUCCGAAUACUGGACGUGGCUGCACUGGUACGCGUCGUGGCAGCUCUACUACGAGCAAGGCCGAGAACCAUCGUCGAGCCAGCGCCAGUCGCGACGCCUCGCCAAGCUCAUGGCAUCCCUCUUGGAAAAAGAGGCGUCGGCACACCGAGCGUCGAGACGCAGCAGCCGAGACCCUGCAGCAUCGACACGCAGUCGCCACGUGUCCAAGGCCAAGAGCUGUCAUGGGGUAGCUCCGCCGGCCGACGUAUGGUGGCUCGACGUCAGCGGCUCGCGAAAGACCCGGCAUCGCACCAAGCACACCACCACGAGGUCGCCCGAGGCGCCGACACCAGCAGCAGACACCUCAGACGCUGUCCUGACCCUUGAGGAGUUGGCCAUCUGAGCCCCUCGUUGCGCCGCCUUGCGUGUGAAUCAAUAUGUGUCUACCAUGCCCCAUCGUUUGUACGAAAAUACCCCAAAGCGCUCGG